AUGGUGCAAUUAUCGAAAUUAUGCGAUGAAUUAAAGCGUGCUAAUGUUAUUACGGAAUGUGGUGCAUUCUGUAUCAAUAUUAAUGAUAGAAUCAUCAAAACAAAGAAAUCUUCGGCGAUUUGUUUUUCAGAUUUAAUCAAAGAGAAAUAUCUUAUUGAUAAAUCGAUCACAUCAUUCAAUAUUCAUCUAGGCAUUAUAUGCCAAGAUUCAAUUGACAUACUUUCCAACUUUAUAGAAACAGGUAAACUUGAAUUUGAAGCAGAUGAGUCUCAUUAUCAUGAUAUAUUUGAAAUCGGCAGAUAUUUUGGAAAUCAAAUUCUCAUACAAAUGUAUGUUGAACUUAUUAAAUCAGAUAAAUCCCUUACAAAUGAUAACGUUUUUCAGAAGUAUGAAAUUUCUGCUUUUGAAAACGAUUCUAAGGCAAUGAGUGAUUGUAUUGAGUAUAUUUCGUCACAUUUAUACUGUUUGAAUGAUGAUGAUAUCAUAUCAAAUUUUGUCAAAAAUGGAUUUGAAUUUUGUGAAAAAAUUUUGAAAUCAAAAGAUCUGAAAAUUGAAAACGAAGACAGACUUUGUUUGCUGCUUUUAGAGACAUGCAGAAGGAACAAUACAUUAUUUGAUUUAUUUAGAUAUGUUAAUUUACACUUUUGUUCGCCUAAAAUUUAUGACGAGAUUUAUAAUUUUUCAGUUGAAAACUCUUUUGAAUCAACCCUUUUAACGAUUUAUAAUGAAACAUUGAAACAUCAUCUUUCAAUUGUUAGAGGGAAUAUUGAAAUAUCGAAUCAAUCUAUUGAAUCUUUUGAAAAACAUUUAAUUCACAAUCAAUUUAAAAUUUCUGAUCGGUCUGUUAGUAUCUUUGUGCCUUUAACUAUUGAUCGUAUAAUAUAUUAUACGAUCAAGUUCUACGCUGCGUGA